GAGAAAGAGCUUUUGACCUGCGCCGAGCCGAAAGCUCUCGACGAUUUCGCGCUACCGACACGCAACAUGAGUUCGAAAUUUACUAGGCCACGGGUUCUCACGCCCUUCUUCGACAUCUCUCGGCUUCCCGAUAGAGAGGUUCACAGUCGCCGUGCCUCUGGACCGAUCGCUUCGUGGGUCAAGCCUCCUGCCGAGUGAAUCUCACAACGUAAUCGAGUGCCUUUAAGGCAGUGAAGGAGCAUCGAAGUCAAAACACAUUUUGGCGGCGGGCAAAUUCUCUAGAACCCCGGCCAACGAAAAGCAGAUAAACUGCACGGAAUCACUUUCCUCCGAUCAGCGGAAUCUCGAUCCGGAUGGAGUUUCUUGCUCACUCUGGAACGCUCGUAAAACUGCGAGGUAACUCACCUCACGCGGGGAGGGGAGGGAAAGGGGAAUUGUUCAGUCUUGACCGGCCCAACGUGGGGCCUUGAACCUAUGGGCAGAGACGAAGCCGUCGAUUCCAUGACGAGUCCUCCACAUCGCAAACACCUGGAGCUGAAGAUUUGGUGCUUUGACAUGUACGCUGUCCCCCGGGGAGCUGACCGUACGAGGCCGUCCGUCGUCAUCUCGUCCGACUAUUCCUGCCGAUAGCGCAUGGUGUCCUGCAUCCUCAAGUAAACGACGAGUCGGUACUUAAGCCUCGAUGCGGACCUAGCGGAACUCAGAUCUCCCUCUCAUCAUCAUCAUCACACGAACAGCAACACCCCUUCUCGGGUCGGUGGCUCCUCGUCAGCUGAACCUCAACCUUCGCCUCAGUGCACGCGUCGAGCUCGAUUCUAAGGCCGGUGUCCUGAAUCUUCGACAUCUUCGUCGUUGUCGAGAGGAGUAACGACAGUAAUUAGAGCAACGAGAGCAACGAGAACGACGAGAGUUAGAGCCGAGUGAGUGCUAGCAAUCGUCGAAGCUUAGAAUGGAGUGGUUGCAGGAUGGCUGGGAAACUCAUUGGAUGCACACGAGGAACUGGCCGGGAAGCAUCACGACGGAGGAGCUGCAGAAGCGGCUGCAGAGCAUGGAGAAGAUCGGCAAGACGCCGUCGGGGACAGGGACGAAAGCGCAGCAGCACAUGACCAUCUACAUGCAGGAGCUGACGCUGUCGCUCUUCGCGGCUGCGAAAUGGGAAUCGGAGCACAGGGUGGGAGACAAGGACACGGCGGUGCACUUCAAUGUGCUGUACAGCGCGGACCUGUCCAAGUACCUGGAGGCGUACAUGCAGCACCCGGCAGGCGUGGACGAGCAGGAAAUCAACGAGCUCACGGUGCACGCCGCGGCCUUUCUGAUCGAUCAGUGCAAAUUGGUGCUGCGCAGCUUGGCCGAGAGCAGCAAGAGCGAGCCCCGACGAGUGUCUCAUGGCAUCCACCUGCUGCGCGCGCUCUGCACUGCCAUAGACCGCAAAACCCCGUACCACGAGCAGCACGCCGACAUGCCUCUCCCCUCCUGGCUGCCCUCGCACCCCUUCCGCCGGUUCACCAAUGCCGCGAGCCUGCCGCCAGGACCUCUCUCGGAUGAGCCCCACGGCGGCGACAGCCCUCUGUGCUCGAAAUUCGCCGGCUUGAAGAUGCGCGAGCCGAGCCCCGAGCUGUCAGGCGACUCCCCGCGGCGGACGAGCUCCUCCUCCUGCAGGUGCUCCGAUUGUCGACCCCGCCGCUACCUGCGAAUCAAAGUGCUGCUCGAGCACUUCGGCAAUGGCUCGUCGAUCCCCGGGUUCCAGCUGCUCGUCAGCCUGCUGUACGCCACCGUAUCGCAGAAGCUGUCGCUGGAGCUGGGCGAGGUGAUUCUGCGGCUCGUCGCCAUAGCGAUGGAAUUCCUCAAGGAUCACAAGAAGAACAUGUUCCUGGCCCCGAGCCUCGACAUGCUGCGGCAUGUGUACGCUUGCUACGCCUCCCAGCGCCUGGAUAAGAUGUCUCUGUCGACGGUGACCAUGAUCAUGAGCCACCUGGGGCUCAUCUUCCACCACCUGCUGCCCAGGGAAAUCGCCGACCAAUUGACAUGCGACAUGCAGAAGCGUCAGCGCGAUCAAUUUUUGCAGUUCCUUCAUCCCACGCCCGCGGCCAUCGCCGUCGACAAUCAUCGGCGAGCGCAGAGGACAUAGCUGGGAAAUCACGCCUCCGGUCGUUCAUUCUCCUCGCCCGGAUGUUCUAUAGGUAGGAUAUUAAAAUUUUGAGCCACAUCAAACACGUUCGCAGUCCAUUGAUUGCGGUACUAUACACACAGAUCACGAUUAGGUAGAACGAGAAAACUACAGACUCCCGCCGGUGUACAAUAGCACGUUCCCGUAGAGUAGAAUUAUCCGAUACAUUUGGAAAUUGAUGUUUCUUAGGGCUCCAAGCUUUGAUUCUGAGCCCGUCUGAAAUUGAGUACUUACUGAUCAGUUGUCACACAAAAUCACCUCGCACGAGGCCCAAGAACAGAUGUACAAUUUGUAUAAGUUCUGCAGACACUCCUUACUACAAACUUUUUUAUUUUUCCUCUUUGGCCUCGAGGAUCAUGGUGGAUGAAACAAAUUCUUGCACAGAGAGACUGUUUUCAAAUGUUGUAAUAGUAUUCUGAGAAUAAAUGUCGUUCGUUGCUCG